CUAGGCGACCUAAGGCCGCAGCUCUGAGGAGCGUUAAUGACGACGACUUUGGGGACCACUCCCGGGGGAACGACCCCCGCGGCGACGGCCCCGGCGGGAACCACACACGAGUUAGAGAGAGAUGCUGAAUUCCAGGAGCAUGAAAAGAUUCUGUCUCCAGAUUUUCUUUCAGUUGCUCAAAUCACUGAAAUGCUAACAGAAGACGUAGAUGGAGUUCAACAAAAACUGAAAAAGUUUUUAAAUUUCAAAAACCUUCAAACCUGUUUAAAGGAAGCCAUUCUACUAGAUUAUUAUGUAUCUGGAUUUUUGUGGGCUAGAGGAAUGGACUUUUCUGUUAUUCAAUAUUCAAAAUUUAUGACUUUACUAGAUACGUUACUUCAUAAUCUUAGAACACUGCAUAUGUCCUUAGAAAAUAGCAUAAAAUGGCUUGGAGAAGUUAUGACUGAAAUAGGACCGUCCCAUUCACAGAAAACUGAAGAAGGGAGUAUCUUUAAUAUAAAACAAUCCAAUGCUGUCAUCGAUUACUUAAAAAUCAGCUUAUUUCAACACUACAAGCUAUAUGAGUUUCUAUUCUACUCUACCAGGGACGAAAUUGUGAUAGGAACUGAGUCUCUCCACGUGGAGCUCCACUCAUUACAUGGUGCUCAUUACAUGGAUCCCACAAAUGAAAUUUGCAGGAAGGAAGGAGAAGCUGCCAGUCUUUUUGAGCAAAUGAUAGAGGUUGUCAAGCCUUCAAGUGGUCUCUUUCCAGAUCCUCUAGAAGAAGGAAUCUCACUUGACAUUUAUUCAACAUUCAUAGAGCCACCCCCAACAUUGGAUUUAGGAAUGAAGGGUUUGGAUCAAGAACAAGUCCCUGAGGAAUCCCAUACCGAAGCCAUUUCUGACAUGGAUCCUUUAAUGGGUUUUACCAUAGAAGAUAUAACAUCGGUGCUUGGUCAAGUCACAGAUGAUAUUUUAAUCAGCCUUCAGACCGAGAUAAACGAAAAGCUGCAAAUACAGGAAGAGGCCUUUAAUGCACGAAUAGAAAAAUUGAAAAAGGCCUGAGAACUUAGUGCAAGAAGAGUGAUGCUAAACUUCACAGAAACAAACAAAACCAGCCGCAAUAAUAGACUCUCCAGAGCAGCAAAUCUCCUUCCUUUCAUUGCGAGAGGAAAACCAAGUCCCACUUUUUAUUAUCCUGAGGAAUUAGAAAAGUAUUGGCCUUCAUUUUGCUAUCUCCUGUCCCAUAACAACCUCUGAAUUUAUUGCACUAAGUGUAAUAAGAACAUUUUGUAUACAAGAGUUUGGAGAAUUAUAUGUAAAAAUACAAUUACUUUUAUGAUACUCCUUUGACAUUUUGACUAAUAAAUCCUAUUCAUCUUCAGGGAGAAUGAAGCCAACUUUUUUUUAAAUAAAAAAAUAAUAAUUUUAUCCUA